UUGACCAAUAUAGAAUUUCAAAGUUAUUGAACAUAAAAAAAAUUUGCUUGGACCAACCCUUUUCGUUUUCCUACUACUUUCUGGUUUCUUUCCUUUCCUCUCUUUAUUAACUUCAACUUUGCUAUCCAUCUUCCAACUCUGCCUUUUAGAGCUUAAAAUCUCAAUAAAAGAUAGUUCAUGUUUUUUGAAUUAUUUUAGAAUUGGGUUUUUGCUGAUCUUUAUUGUCCAUUUAAGGUUUUACUUUUCUGGGUUUUUCUUAAUUUCUCCCAUCUUUUCCCCAGGUUUGCUCAAUUUCUGUUCCUAUUCUUUGAUUUUGAAUAAUCUUGAGCUUCAAAAACUUUAUUUUUCAGAAUUGUUGUUGCUGGAAAUUCUUUAUUUGUUGGUUUUGUUGCAAUUUCAUGUUUUUGAAGAAUUGCUUUCAAAGAUUUAUAAUUUGUUAUUUGUAGGAUUGUUUUUAAGAUCAUCCAUAUGGUGCCCAAAUCAUCAUAUAUAGGGAUUUUGGUACUAAUUUCAUACUUGAUUUUAGCAACCAGCUCUAGUAUUCACAACAACAACCCUUUGAAUUCUAAUGGGUCCUUUCUUGAAUUGCCUGAGCAUAAUUUCAAUACCAAUGACAUUACUAAUACCAUUAUUUCUACAUCAACUGGGUGCAAUCAUCCCACAUCUCUUAAUUUUAACAAUUCUGAAUCAGGACAAGAUAACUUGAUCAACACCCAUGAAAAAGAUGAGUUAAACCCAUUGAAAAUGGAGAAACAAUCUCACAGGGCUGUAAAACUGCCUUUAAAACACAGAAAAGUUGGUGUGGAGGGGAGGAAACAAUCAGUAAUCGAGUCUACUUUCAGGGACUUGAACCGAAUCCACACUUUUCGGAGACGAAUUACUGAAAACAAGAAUCAGAAAGCAAUUUCUAGGCUCCAAAAUCAUAGGCAAUUACUUGAGGAACACUCAGCAGAAAAUCUUGAUUUAACUGCAGUGCAAGGGAAUCUUGUGGGUACUUUGAAAUCUGGGGUUAGUCUUGGCUCAGGAGAAUACUUCAUGGAUGUGUAUGUGGGUACUCCUCCUAAGCAUUUCUUGCUGAUAGUUGAUACCGGAAGUGAUUUGAAUUGGAUACAGUGUGCACCAUGCUAUGAUUGUUUCGAGCAAGACGGGCCACAUUACGAUCCAAAGGAUUCGAAAUCGUUCAAAAGUAUAAGCUGCCAAGACCCGCGGUGUGACCUUGUGAGCUCACCUGAUCCUCCAUUGCCUUGCAAGGGCGAAAAUGGAAGCUGUCCAUACUAUUACUGGUAUGGCGAUAGUUCCAACACUACAGGGGAUUUUGUCCUUGAGACUUUCAGGGUGAACUUCACUUCUCCAAAUGGGGAAACCAAGUUUAGGAAGGCGGAAAAUAUGAUGUUUGGUUGCGGGCAUUGGAACCGCGGUCUCUUCCAUGGAGCUGCGGGCUUGUUAGGGCUCGGAAAAGGACCAUUGUCAUUUGCCUCACAGCUGCAAUCUGCAUAUGGGCAUUCCUUUUCAUACUGUUUGGUGGAUAGAAAUAGUGAUCCUAGUGUUAGUAGCAAGCUGAUUUUCGGGGAGGAUAAGGAUCUUUUGAGUAACCCGGGAUUGAACUUCACAAAACUAAUAGAUGGGAAAGAUAAUCCUGUGGAUACAUUCUACUUUGUUGAGAUAAAAUCGAUCUCGGUUGGAGGAGAAAUAUUGGAUAUACCAAAGGAAAUGUGGGGUUUUACGGACGAUGGCGGAGGUGGAACUAUAAUUGAUUCAGGAACUGUUCUUAGCUAUUUUGUAGAACCAGCAUUUGAGGUCAUAAAACUAGCAUUCAUGAAGAAGAUUACGAAUUACCCGUUAGUGUCAGAUUUCCCGGUUCUGAAUCCUUGUUAUAAUGUAUCUGGAGUGGAUAAUAGUAAGCUGGAAAUGCCUAGUUUUAAGAUUGAGUUCAGUGAUGGAGGUGAAUGGAACUUUCCUGCACAGAAUAAUUUCAUUUGGAUUGAUCAGGAAGUGGUGUGUUUGGCCAUGAUGUCGAUAAAAAGAUCGUCGUUUUCUAUCAUCGGAAACUAUCAGCAGCAGAAUUUUCACAUAUUGUACCACACGAAGAAGUCGAGGCUUGGAUUUGCACCUAGAAAAUGUGCUGAUGUCUGACAGAAGAAAUGAACACAUUUGGUGGUUUGAAGAAGGAAGUUUUUGCUCACAUUUUGGGUUAGAAAAGGGAGAUUUAACUCUUAAUAUCUGUGUAUUUCUUAAUAUCCUUUUGUAGAUUUUUGUUGUAAUUCUUUCUUUUUUAAGGUUAGAUACAUGAAAACAGGUCAUUUAUUAGCAAAGUUAAGCUAAUUAUAUAGAACAACAGGGAGAAUUACCUGUUUCAUCUUCCAUGAAAUAUACAAAUUCUCUCUCUUUAUGGCCUAGUUCAUUUGAUGCACAUUGUGCUUAGAGUGAUAAAGAAUUGGGCUUUUUUUUUUAAAAAAAAAAAAUUAAGUUUAUAUUUUUGAUUCAUUAUACCAGUAGAAAUCUUAGAGUAUGAGCAAGUUUGUAAAUUUAAGUUAUUGUAUGUAAUAAGGGAAGGAAAAUUAAAGUGAAAGAAGAUAAAUUUAAAGAAAGGUGUAAAUGGGAGUAUUAACUAUUAAGUAUGUAGUGUAAUAAAUCUUAUGUGAAUGUAAGGAAGUAUAUAUUUUCUGUUA